AUGCCGGAGCCAGGCUUUAGAUUAGUCUUCUUCAGAGGCCCAGCUCCAAAGCCGCUGCUAGGCAGACACCGUGUUCUAAGACUUUCAAUUUCAGGCCGAGUUAGCCCUCUUCUCCCCGGGACGAUGAACUUUGGAACAUACUUCAAAUUCAGGAAUCAAUACAUGGGAGAACUCAGCAAAGAGACCGCCUUCCAGACACUAGAUCUCUACCACUCACAAGGCGGCAACUUCAUCGACACAGCAAACAACUACCAAGACGACGAGAUCGAAGAAUGGCUGGGCGAUGCCAUGCAACAAAACCGCAACGGGAUUGUCCUCGCCACAAGAUUCUCUGGAAACCAUAUCCUGCCACACGCCAAAGAGGGUACCAUCCUUUCAAGCUACGGCCGCAACAUCAGUAAAGCGCUCCUCUUCACCGUGCACAACUCGCUCGCUAAACUACGAACCAACUAUCUGGACAUUCUCUACUUCAACACGAUGCCGUUUGUAAUCUACCAGGGGCGCUGGAGCGUUGCGGACCGCGAGAUGGAACGCGAGAUAUUGGCGCUGUGUGAAGCUGAGCAGAUGGCAGUUGCCCCGUGGGAAGUUCUUGGUGGAGGCCGCUUCAAGACCGCAAAGCAGGUCGCCCAGCAGAAAGAAAAUGAUUCGAGGAUGGAACAUCAUCCUGGCAGGGCGAAGACAUUUGACCAGGUGGGAACGGUGAUGUUGAGUAGUGCGGAGGAGAAGGGCACGGCCAAUACUUUCCCACUCAUUGACCGGAGGAAGGUGGAGCAUUUGAAGGCUAACAUUGAGGCGUUGAGUGUUGUGUUGGAUGAGGAGGAUUUGAGGGAUAUUAGAAGGCGGGUGACUGGUCACUUGGGUUCACGUAUGGCGUUCUUGCCUUUGGCGGAAAUGGAAGGGAGUUGAGGAUCUUGCUAUUUUGACGCGUACGUUUGAUUAUGUGCCAGAGGCUAUCCGGCCCAGAGUGGAGUAGGGGUGAUGGGGAUAAAAAGUUGAAAGUGGGAGACUCCUUCUCAGAUUGAAGGAAGCCGCCGGAGAGCCUUGUAUGCUAAGUACUGU